UUUGCCUCAGUUAAGCGUUGAAGUUCUUGCUCCACCCUUCAGCCACCUGUUAGCCAAUGAAAGGUGGGAGCCGGGAGUCUUGAAACCAAUCGGCGCGAGAGGAAAGUCGGUAGGGGCGUAGUUUUAGUGUGGGGGCCGCCGCGGCGGUUCUACUACCGCGGCUGUUACCGGGUUCGAAAAGGGUAACGGAGUGGGGUUUGUUGGGUGGCCCGGCGGAGAAGAUGGCGGAAUACCCUGGGAGCGCCAUCGCCGCCGAGGUGUGGCGCUGGCUCGGCAUGAGCCUGGCGGAGAAAGCGAAGUCGUUGGGCAGUUCGGAGCAGGCACUUCGCCUCAUCCUCUCAAUCUUCCUGGGGUACCCUUUUGCCUUGUUCCAACGCUACUUCCUUUUCCAGAAAAAUGACUACCUCAUUCACCUCUAUAAUACAAUAAUGGGACUUUCACUUGCCUACUUCAACUUUGGGGCACAGCUCUGUCACUCUCUGAUAUGUGUCUUCGUUCAGUUUCUCAUCUUGCGGCUCAUGGGUCGCACCAUCACUGCCGUUGCCACUUCCUUCUGUUUUCAGAUGACAUAUUUGACGUUUGGCUAUUAUUUCACGGCCACAGAGUACUAUGACAUCAAAUGGACCAUGCCACAUUGUGUCUUGGCUCUCAAGCUGAUUGGUUUGGUUACUGAUUACUAUGAAGGCAGGCAGGAAGAGGAAUCCCUAACCCCUGAGCAACAAAAGUUUGCUGUUCGGGGAGUUCCUACUUUGCUUGAGGUCUCUGGCUUCUCCUAUUUCUAUGGUGCCUGCAUGGUGGGCCCUCAGUUCUCCAUGACACGAUAUCAGAAGUUGGUAAAGGGUGAUCUGACUGAUGUUCCAGGCCAAAGACCCAACAGCUUUGUUCCUGCUCUUAAGCGUCUCCUUCUGGGCAUUUUCUUCAUGAUCAUCUACACGGUAGCAUCACCUUACAUCACUGAGAAAUACCUUACCUCUGAUGAUUUUCUGGAACAGCCCUUCUGGUUUCGCUGCUUUUAUAUAUUGAUCUGGGGCAAGAUAUUGCUUUACAAGUACGUUACCUGUUGGCUAGUGACGGAAGGAGUUUGCAUCCUAACUGGGCUAGGCUACAAUGGAAUGGAUGAAAAGGGGAUGCCAAAGUGGGAUGCUUGUGCCAACAUGAAAAUCUGGAUGUUUGAGACAACUCCUUAUUUUACAGGAACGAUUGCCUCCUUCAAUACUAACACCAACGCCUGGGUAGCCCGCUAUAUCUACAAACGACUGAAAUUCCUGGGAAACAAGUUACUAUCGCAAGCUAUAUCUUUGAUUUUCUUGGCAGUCUGGCAUGGGCUGCACUGUGGGUAUCUCAUUUGCUUCCAGAUGGAGUUCCUGAUUGUCAUUGUAGAGAGGCAGGCUAUUAACUUGAUAAAUGACAGUCCAUUUCUGACUGCUUUGACUUCAAACAUCAUCUUGUGGCCUUUCUUCUAUGCGAUUCAGCAAAGUAUUCACUGGAUGUUCAUGUCAUAUUCUCUAGUACCAUUUUGCCUCUUUACCUGGGAAAAGUGGAUUCAGGUAUACAAGUCUAUUUAUUUCAUAGGCCAUGUGUUGUUCUUGACGUUGCUGUUUACAUUGCCUUGUUUUCGAAAAGUAUUUGUGCCACGAAAAGAAAAGUUAAAGAAAGCUGAGUAACAACCAAAAGGUGAGAGAAGUCUUUCUGACUAGUCACUAGAGCAUAGUGGCCUCAGAUAAUAUCUAGCUGACUUGUUUUACUUUUCCUUUCAGAUUGUACCAUGUGUGCAUUUAUUGGGAUGGUUGAAGCAUCACCUGCCAAACUUGCUGUGGACAAACUUAGAGUGACUGGGGUGAAAGAGCACAGGGGCUAAGACCCCAAACUGAGGGGAACAGACUGCAAAACCUCUCUACCCGUUCUACAGGUUGCCUUAUCUCAACUUCUCCCCACUGACACUUCCAUCUCUGCAAUGUCAGAUGAUUGUAAAGCACUUGAUACAGCUACCAUCUAGGAAUGGAGCACCUGCCUGACUUUUUUACUUUCCAAUUCCACUAGAUAAAAUUGGUCCCAGUUGGUUUUUCA